AUGUCACAGAAUGAAAUAAAGUCGAAGUUACAGAAUAAAGUGGUAAUUAGAACCCGCCAGUCAGCUUUGUUCUACCAACGAUUGGUCGCCUUUACUGUCAAUCAAAAGAUUCUAACCAAUCAUGGAGGAGAAUCUGGGUCUGCCCAAUCAGGCUCACGCUCUGCGGUGGGCUGUUCUUUCCCGAUUUGUCUCGGGCUCCUCAAUCCAGGUUGUUUCCGGUUUCCACCGGGGUCAGACCCUGGCUAUUUGGUCUUUUGCUCUUUUUCGGUGAAAGGCAACGGGAGGCUGACGUCCGGCACCGAGUUAUGGUUUGAUGGUCCUCUCAUGUCUAAAGGCGUUAAGACAAUGGAUAUGUCUGAGGGCUUGGUGUCAUUUGAGGAUGUGUCUGUGGACUUCACCUGGGACGAGUGGCAGGACCUGGAUGAAGCUCAGAGGAAGCUCUACAGGGACGUGAUGCUGGAGACCUACAGCAGCCUGAUGUCCUUGAAUCAGUGUGAUCCCAAACCUGAGUUGAUCCUGAAGUUGGAAAAAGAAGCUGGGCCGUGGAAGGAAGACAAUUCUCCAAACCAGAGCGUCCCAGAUGUGAAGAAUGUGAAUGGCCGGAAUGAGGUCAGCCAUGACAGCCAAAAGAUACGCAGAUGCAACCUGGUAAUUGCCAAGAGCAGCGCAUCAGCUAAGAGGGCUCCAGCAGGAAAAGCCUUGAAUAGCUCGUACUGCAUUUCAGAUCUGGCCAUAAAGAACGGCACAUCUUCUGGAAUGAGCCCUGGGGUCCUUAAUGUAUGGGAAAGUAUGCUUCUCCCUAGCAAGCCCAGUAAGAUGCAGGCUAGAGAGGGACUUGAUCUUCCUGAUGUAACCAGGGGGUUCCCCAGACUUCCUGAGGCUCUUAGUCUACAUCCCAAUACUGAAUUUGAACAACAGCAUUUUCAGUACUGUAGGCCCAGUGAAGCUUCCCAUGUGAAGCCAGUGUGGUUACAGAAAACAUUCCCUAUGAGAAAUCCCUCCAGUAAGUUGAGGGACAACAGCCAACAGUUAGAGAAGUUAGCUCUUCCUGCCAAAGAGGGAACUCGGGCACAGCUGCCAGCUUUUGAAUGCCAAGUGUGUGGGAAGUUAUUCUGUAAAAAUUCCCAUCUCACACAGCAUUUUAAAAUGCACAAAGAAAAAUGUUAUAGAGGUAAUAACUGUGGGCCAAUACUCAAUAUACAAUCAAAGCUCCCAACAUAUCAGAGCUUGGGUGUGGGAGAAGAGCUCUACACACGUGAUGAGGCUGGGAAGUACAUCUGUCAGAAAUCAGCAAAAAGCAUUCAGCAGAAAAUCAUAGGCGAUGGAAGGAUUGUGUGUGGGAAGACCGUGUGCUCAAAAUUAAAUUUCAGCGUUCAGCAGAACCCUCGCAAGGAUGAGAAAUCCCAUGAUUUCUCUGGAAAACCAAUCAGUAAGUCAAACCUCCAUGAGCUGACGACACCUCACAGAUACGAGAGAGUGCAUGAGUGUAGUGCGUGUGGCAAAGCCUUUAAUCCCACACCACAUGUCUACUCACACUCGGGAGCUCACCCGGCUGAGAAACCCUAUGAGUGUGAAGACUGCCAGCAAUCGAAGCUCGUGGGGCACCCGCCAGCUCACGCGCAGGAGAAACGCUAUGUGUGUCAUGUGUGUGGAAAAGCCUUUUACAAGCGAGCCCACUUACACGCACACCAGAGGACCCACACAGGUGAGAAGCCAUAUGACUGUAAAGAAUGUGGGAAAUCCUUCAGACUGAAGUCGUUUCUUGUCGUACAUCAGAGGAUUCACACAGGUGAGAAACCCUUUGCGUGUGAUACGUGUGGGAAAAGCUUCAAGCAGAGGACGAGUCUCUACACACACAUAAGAAUCCACACGGGUGAGAAGCCCUAUGAGUGUAAAGAGUGUAGGAAGUCAUUCAUUCUCAAGUCAUACCUCACUGUGCACCAGAGAACUCACUCGGGCGAGAAGCCCUAUGGGUGUGACAUAUGUGGAAAAUCCUUUAAGCAAAAUUCCCACCUUCAUGCACAUAAGAGAACUCACACAAGCGAGAAACCCUACGAGUGUAUUGUAUGUGGCAAAAGUUACAAGCAGAGUCCGAGCCUCUACACACAUAAGAAAGUCCAUACCAGUGAGAAACCCUAUGAGUGUAAACAAUGUAGAAAGUCAUUUAGUCUGAAAUUCCACCUCACUAGACACCAGAGAACUCACUCUGGUGAGAAACACUAUCAGUGAAGUGUGUGCGUGGAUGAGCCUUGAAGCGAGUUCACACCUGUGUCCAUCAGAGAACUCAUCCGGGUGGGAAACCCCACAACAACUCUCUACCACCAGUCAUCUGCCCGCCAGGGCUUCGGUAGUGAGAAACCGUCAGUACCGUGUGUGUGGGAAAGCCUGGCAGAUGUCAAGCUGGUGCACACGUCAAGAGAAUUCGUACAGGUGACAGACCUUUAUGAUUAAAAACUAAAAAUAUCUCAGCCAAAGAUACAUCAGAGAACUCACAAGCGCGUGAGAAACCCUAAGGGCAUAUAAAUGUAAAGCGUAUCUCAACCCUAAGAUACAACUCAUUCAUCCAAACAAACAGUUGGGUGUGAUAUAAAACUAUACAGUUGGGGGUGAUGUAAAAACACACAGUUGGGGUUAAUGUAAAAAUACACAGUUGGGUGUAAUGUAUGUAGAAAAGCCUUUCUCCACAUGUCCUAUAUCUGCAGUCAUUAGACAGUUCAUACCCUAUAAGAAACCCUGUGAAUGGAGAAAAUCCUUCAACCGUAGGUCAUUCUUUGCGUCAUACCAAAGAAGACACAUGGGGACAGCUCCAUGAAUGUUGUUUAUGUUCAGAAAACACUCGAGACAAACCUCCUCGUCCACCUGAAAACUCAAAAGUGAGAGACCCUGUGACUGUAAAUACAGUAGGAAAUAUUUCAUCCAUAAGCCAUCUGUUGCUGUACAUGAAAGAAGUCACAUAGGUGAGUAGCCAUAUGCACAUCGGUGAGUAUAAUGUAAGCAGAGAACCUUGGAGGGGUGUCAAGUCUCUACAUUUAAGAACUUGGCACUUCUGAGGAACCCUGAGAGUAGUCUACACGGAAAUGCCUUUUUCAAUGGGCAGGCCUCCCUGAACAUCUGUCAGAAACACAUAAUGUGUAUGGGAAACUUAUCUUCACUCGUGAAAUCACUGUGUAUCUGGAAGAGCCACAUAAAUACGCACUCAGGAUACAUUUGAAUUAGCACAGAGGAGACACUGUAAAACAGGUAACGAUGUGGGAAAUGUUUCUGAGUAACAAAUUGUGCAGCACAAAUUCCCACAAAGGCCAGAAGUCUAGGAGGCAGAGUGCCAUGUGCCUACUAAGAUGUGCUUCCUUCCCUGCACUCCGGCCUGUGUUUGCAGUCCAUUUCUGUUAGAUCUGUGCUAACCUCCUUAGUGGAAUACAAAUGUGUGUGAUGUAUUCAUUUCUAUCCCACUCUCCCCAAAUCUCACAACAGACUCUACCUAGACGCCAUCCAUAGUUGGCCUGAGUGCAGAUAACGUCUAGCAUAUUUGGGAGCCGUGUAUAGAAGGUCACUAUGGGUUAGGAAUGUAUUUUGUCCAAAGCUGUGGUCCUGCAUUUCUGCCAUCUCGGAGGUGUAUAAAAGAGAGAUCUGCACCAUCUGUUUGUAAUACUUAGACCCACAGCCAUCAGUUCACUGUAAAAGGUGGUUGGGACAAAUAGAUGAUUGUCUUGUUGGAAAAUUCUCAGGAGAGAGAACCUUGUUACCACCCAGCAUUCUCACGAUGCUUUGUGUGGAAGAAUAAAUCUUGAAAGACUUUCAUAAAUCCUGAGUGUGUUGCCAAUGGGGAUUCUCCAUUAAACAAAAUGGAGUGCCCCUUCCAUUUGUGUGUGAAACCUUUCAACAAAAUUUCCAGUUGGGUUUCAAAAAAAAAUAGAUCCUUGAUCUGAGGAAGUUAUCAGUAUGGAAUCUGUAUAUUAAUAUUUUGGAGAGAAAUGUUUAAUCUCAUCAUUUUUCAAAAUGUGCACUCCAGGAGAGGUGGGACUGCCUAUCAGUGGGCGUUGGUCUCUGGGGACAUUUGUGGUGUAAGAGUUCCGGAGAGGCCGAUGGCACAUACAGGGAUAUAGCGGAACAGUCCACAGUAUGUCGGAUAAUAUACUCAUGUAUGUAUGGUUCAUGUCAUAUCAAUCAUGUUCCAUGAUGAAACUCAGCAGAAGGGAAUCUCCAUGGUUUCAAGUUCUGCGUGUUGCAGUGUACAUCGGUAUUUCCUGCAUUUGGUGCCAUCCCGGCCUGUUUACUUCCUCCUGGCCUCACAUUGUGUUAGAUACUUCCUUAGCACAUCUAGAUGUGUGCUGGCUCAAGUAAAUAAAGAUAUCGUUUCUCUAACAUGA